GAAAAAUAGACCUUCAAGGCUGAUCAUUCACAUCAUAAAUAAACGCCAAGUAAGACAAAAUCUUAGAAUAUAAAAUAUCAUCGCCAAGUCAUUCAAUUUCAUUGUUAAGUCAGUCAUCGAGUAGAAAUCAUGAAGCUGUUAAUAAUUUUACCGUGCAUUCUUGCUGUCUUGUCACCAGUCGCAGCUGAUAGUGUAUUAGAGCAAGGAAUAUUUGGAGAUCUUUUUCAACAAUUUGUUAAGGAACUCGAUGAAAUUCCAGAAGUAAUUCUGUCAAAAGCUGAAGUUGCAGAAAUCAAAGACAAGCUUUAUUGCAUCACAAAUAAAAUCAACUUAAAGGAGAACCAGAACAAGACAAUCGAGCAAGUGACAUCAACAUAUUUAUUCAUCGGUGCUGGUGCCAUGUGCAUGAGCGAUCAAGUGACAUUCUGGAAAAAUGCAGCCGAUAAGCUGUACACGUUCGCCAAGAGUCAAGAAUCUAUUCGUAUUGAUCAUAUCGAGUGCCUUCAAUGGCAGUUUAGCAAAUUUCAACCAAACUCACGUCUUUUGAGGAACUUUGAUGCGAAUAUAACGCAGGCAGAUGUGGACAUGUGCAAAAAAGUUAAUCAAGAUCAGCAACUUAAAGGUCUUGUUAGAUAUUUUGACUUAAUGUCGGGUGGAUUCUCGGAAUUGACUUGUGGAUCUGUCAAUAAUAAGAUAGCAUUGGAAUUGGCUAUAAAUGUUCUACUUUUGGUGGAUGAAAAGGAUCAGAAGGAAGUAGAUCGCGAGAUGAAGAGAAUUGCUGACGAAGUUAAACAAAAAGUGAUUAUUAUGGUUGACUGUAUUAAGGACAACCUUGAUAUUGUUUAAUUGGUCGAUCAGAAAAAUCAUUCAAUUUAAAAAAUUGUUUUAAUAAAUUUAUUUUUUUUAAUUUUUAA